UGGCAUUGUUACAAAAUUUCACUUGUAAGCCUAUUAGAUAAUCCAAUGAAAUGAACAAUCCUUGGCGGGAAAUCGGCUUCAUCAGCAGGCCGAAGAAACAUUUAAAAGUCAUUCGGCUCAAGAAACGCAUUGCAAGGCGCAGGAAAAUCUUUAAGCAAAGACAAAAGGACUUGAUAGAGCUUCAUUUAAGGAAUCGUAUCAAGUAUUUAAUUAUCGAACAUCUGGAGUACAGGCUGGCAGAUAUUAAAACCAAGAAGAAAACACAGAUAAGCUUAAAGGAGAAUAAAACCAAAUGAUCAGGCCAAUACAUUUUUUGA